AUGUCAGGAAAUGAGACACCGGAUGCGGGGACUGUAAAGAGCGUGUCGCCUUCUUCUGGGGGCAGCAGCCUGCCGGCACGCCCCACGUUACGGGAACGAGACCCGAACGACAUUGAAAACCGUCUGCGGGACCAGAUUGAGGAGGAUCCGACGCAGAUCUUGCUAUACAUAGAGCUGAUUAAAUACUAUGUGGGCAAGCAGCAGGUGGCGGAGAUCCGGGAGGUGUUCGGACAGCUACACGAGCUGUUCCCGCUGGAGUCGUUCCUGUGGACGAUCCACCUCAACUGGGAGCUGGAGCAGGAGGAGAGCGGGCAGGUGGAGACGCUGCUGGCGAAGUGCCUGUCCGGGGAGCUGAUGAACAACGACAUCUACCUGUGGUCGACGUACCUGGGGUAUGUGCGGCGCAAGAACAACACGGUGACGGGCGGCGAAGAGGCGCGGGGCACGGUGCUGAAGGCGUACGAGCUGGUGAUGGAGAAAUGCGCGGUGUUUGAGCCGCGGUCGAUGCAGUUCUGGCAGGACUACCUGCAGUUUCUGGAGCAGUGGAAGCCGGUGAGCAAGUGGGAGGAGCAGAGCCGGGUCGAGAUUCUGCGCAAGCUGUACAAGCGCCUGCUGUGCCUGCCAGUGGAGUCGCUGGAGCGGUACUGGGAGAAAUACACGCAGUGGGAGCAGGAGGUCAACCAGUUGACGGCGCGGAAGUUCAUCGGAGAGCUCUCGGCGAGCUACAUGAAUGCGCGCUCGCUGUACCAGGAGUGGUCGAACCUGACGAAGGGCCUGCGGCGCUCGCUGCCCACGAAGCUAAACCAGGCGACACAGCAGAACCUGCCUGCGCCCGGUCAGUACGAUGAGUACCAGCUGCAGAUCUGGACGAAGUGGAUCCAGUGGGAGCUGGACAACAAGCUCGACCUGCCCGAAGUCGUGCUGCGCCAGCGCGUGGAAUACGUGCACCGCCAGGCUGUGCAGCACAUGUGCUUUGCGCCGGAGAUAUGGUACAACUACGCCAUGUUUGUGGACGAGAACGAGCACGAGAAGGUCCUUGAGAUCGCCGUCAGGUGCAAUCCAGGGUCGCUCUCGUUGACCUUUAAGCUCGCGGAGUACUUGGAGCUGAAUAACAAAAUAGAGGCGCUGGAGGAGCGUUUCCAGCACUGCAUAGCCAGGAUAUCAAUGGAAUUACAGGUAAUGAACGACACCACGAUGGAUCCUGACAAGAUACUCCGCCAGACGCGCAAGCUGACUUUUGCAUAUUGCGUCUACAUGACGACAAUGAAGAGAGUGACCGGCCUAUCCGCGGCCCGGAAGGUGUUCUCGAAGUGUCGCAAACUGAAAAAGGACAUCUCGUAUGAGAUAUACGUGGAGAACGCUUACAUGGAGUACUACAACAACAGCGACGUCACCACGCCCUGCAGGGUCCUGGAGUUUGGGCUCAAGUACUUCCAGGACAACGGGAACUACAUCAACAAGUACCUCGACUUCUUGAUCUUGGUGAAGCAGGACGCGCAGAUCAAAUCCCUCUUUGAAAGUUGUAUUGAUAAAAUCUACAAUCUUGAUCAGCUAAAGGAAAUCUACAAGAAGGUGAUCAACUACGAGUCUAAGUUUGGGAAUCUGAAUAACGUUUAUGAGCUCGAACGCCGUUUCUUCGAGAAAUUUCCCGAGGCGGAAAAGAUUGAAGUGUUUACUGAUCGCUACCAGCUGCAGGGUGAGAAUUUGCUGAAACGGUUGGAAUUCCCCUACCUGAUGGAUGAGUAUGGCAUACCUGUCCUAAGUGGCUAUGCCGUUAAACGGUCUCUACAUUCUGCUGGUAUAGUCUUUGACGACAACGGCAGUAGUAAGAGACAGCGCCAAGAACAGACAGAGGCUGUUCCCAUGGAAAUUAUAGAGUUACUGAAGGUUCUCCCAAAGCGGCAGUAUUUCAAAACAAUUGUGUUGGAUCCACACAAGCUUGCAGAUUUCUUGAGUGAUAAGGUGACGAUUCCACCCUGCGACUAA